AUCCAUCCGCAGCCACUUGCGAUCCAGUUUGUUUUUCGUGCUUGCGUAUGAACGUGACUCGCACGUUUGACGGAUAGGCGUUGCCGUGUACAGCCAGGUACAGAAUGAGUCGCGAAUUCGACGUAGUACUCUUUGGAGCUACAGGCGUUACGGGCGUCUACGUCGUCGAGGAAUUGCACAAAACGGCUAAGGCUGAAGACCCCAAGUUAAGAUGGGCUGUCGCCGGCAGAAGCGAAACUAAGCUCAAGGAAACGCUUAGGGCGGCAGCCCGGAACCUGGAGCUUGAAGAAGAUGCCCUGGACAACAUUCCGACCAUCAUUGCAGACGUGGAGGACCAGCAUUCUCUCGAUGAAAUGGUCAAACGCACAAAGAUCCUCCUGAACACGGUGGGACCCUAUCGCUUCUUUGGCCGGCCAGUGGUCAUGGCAUGUGUCCAGCAUGGUACACACCACCUGGAUGUCAGUGGAGAACCCCAGUAUUUGGAGCAGAUGCAGAAUGAGUUCUUCAAGGAUGCAGAGGAGAAAGGCAUCUUUGUCAUUGGAGCUUGUGGCUUUGACAGCAUUCCAGCAGAAAUGACUGUCACAUAUCUGCGCAAUAACUUUAAAGGGGAACUGGGACAAGUUGAAACCUUCGUAGCUAUGAAUCCCGGCCCAAAGGGCAUGAAAAUUAACUUUGGCACCUGGCAAUCUGCUAUCCACGGCAUGGCUCAUGCCUCGGAACUGAUUGAACUGCGCAAGGAGUCUCGAGAGAAGAUUUUCACAAAGUCUCUGCCCCCUAGUGAGACGAGACUGACUAGGAGGAAUGCCCUGUUCUGGAGUGACAUUGCCAAAGGCUGGUGCCUUCCAUUCCUAGGCAGCGAUCGAUCGGUUCUGCUGCAUAGUGAAAUGUUUCGCUAUCAGCUGCUGGGAAAGAGGCCAGCUCAGAUCCAGACGUAUCUCAGGGUGCCAAGUUUCCUUCAUGGCAUCGGGAUGAUCCUGCUGGCGGCCAUCUUUGGGAUCAUGAGCUCGUUUAGUUUUGGAAGAACCCUCCUAGAGAAGUUUCCAGAAGCGUUUUCCUUUGGGAUGGUGAGGAGGGGAGGUCCCACACGGGAACAGGCCGUUGCUUGCUCUUUCACGCUUGUGGCAAGAGGUAAAGGAUGGGAGGAGAGAUUAGCAGAGGCCAGUGACAAACACACUUCGCCUCCUGAGAAGACUCUCGUGGUCAGCCUGGACGGACCAGAUCCUGCGUACGUAACAACGGCCAUUUGCCUGGUGCAGGCUGCAAUGGUCAUCCUUAAGGAAAAGGAGAAGAUGCUCGGAAAGGGAGGGGCCCUGAGUCCAGGGGCGGCACUCAACGAAACUUCCUACCUGGAGCGACUACAGAAGAAUGGCUUCAAGUUUCAAGUGCUUUGAAUGGUUGUUUCCUUCCAGCCACCCUUCUUUUUUUUACGUAUUAUUGUUGUCUGUCUCUGGGCAUAUACGCGAGGGUUUUCUAAUAAAUUAUUUACAGCCACAGUU